GGGCUGCUGGGCUCGCCUUAAAAUGAAUCGCUUUGCAGGGCGCGGGGGAGCUUAGCGGGAGCGAGAUGCCCGCUGGAGCUGGCCGGCUGCAGUCAUGUUGCAUUGGAAUGAGGAAGUGGAGUGGAGAGGGGAGGGACCGAGAGCGGAGCUGCCUCCUGCCGCGGCUCUGCUGCGAGGAGGAGCAGCAGCACAUGGAGCUGGAGAGGACUGGGAGAACUGUCUGCAGCCAGCCCCGGCCAGAGCAGAUUACUUGAGGAAAAUGGAAACAGAUGAGGCUCAAGAUAUGUCUCAGGUUUCAGGAAAGGAAAGUCCUCCGGUAAGUGAUGUCCCAGAUGAUGCAGAUGAGCCCAUGCCUGUACCAGAAGACCUUUCAACCAGUACAGGAGGACAGCAGAAGAAUGACAGAGUUUUGGCCAGUAAUAUUAAAAUAGAGACUCAGAGUGAUGAAGAGAAUGGGCGUGCCUGUGAAAUGAAUGGGGAAGAAUGUGCGGAGGAUUUACGAAUGCUUGAUGCCUCUGGAGAGAAAAUGAAUGGCUCACACAAUGGCCCAGGCAGCAAAGCUAUGUCAGGAGUUGGAGGCAUUCGACUUCCUAACGGAAAGCUAAAAUGUGAUAUCUGUGGGAUAAUUUGCAUCGGUCCCAAUGUGCUCAUGGUUCACAAAAGAAGCCACACUGGGGAACGCCCUUUCCACUGCACUCAGUGUGGAGCCUCCUUUACUCAGAAAGGCAACCUCCUCCGCCACAUAAAGUUGCAUUCAGGCGAAAAACCCUUCAAAUGUCACUUGUGCAACUAUGCCUGCCGACGCAGGGAUGCCCUCACGGGCCACCUGAGGACUCAUUCUGUUGGCAAACCUCACAAAUGUGGAUACUGUGGCCGAAGCUAUAAACAACGCAGCUCUUUAGAAGAACAUAAAGAACGCUGCCACAAUUAUCUGCAAACCAUGAGCCUCUCAGGCAGCUUGUAUCCAGUCAUAAAAGAGGAAACUAACCACAGUGAAAUGGCUGAAGACUUGUGCAAGAUAGGGUCAGAGAGAUCCCUCGUGCUGGAUAGACUAGCAAGUAACGUCGCCAAACGUAAGAGCUCUAUGCCUCAGAAAUUUGUUGGUGAGAAAUGCUUGUCUGAUGUUCCAUACGAUGCCACCACUAAUUAUGAGAAGGAGAGUGAGAUGAUGCAGACCCAUGUUAUAGACCAGGCCAUUAACAAUGCCAUCAGUUACCUAGGGGCAGAGUCUUUGCGUCCCCUUGUGCAGACACCUCCAGGCAGCUCUGAAGCAGCACCUAUUAUCAGCUCCAUGUAUCAACUCCACAAACCUCUUGGGGACAAUCACGCUCGUUCCAAUCAUACUGCUCAGGACACCGCGGUGGAAAACUUGUUGCUGCUUUCCAAAGCCAAAUCCAUCUCCUCUGAAAGGGAUGCCUCCCCCAGCAAUAGCUGCCAAGACUCAACAGAUACAGAGAGUAAUAAUGAGGAGCGCAGCGGUUUAAUUUACCUGACGAAUCACAUAGUUCCCCAUGCAAGAAAUGGCCUGUCUAUAAAAGAAGAACAGAGGCAAUAUGAAGUCCUGAGGGCAGGUACUGACAAUUCCCACGAUGCUUUCAAAGUGAUCACCAGCAAUGGGGAGCAAGUAAAAGUUUACAAGUGCGAACACUGUAGAGUUCUUUUCUUGGAUCAUGUGAUGUACACCAUCCACAUGGGCUGUCAUGGGUUCCGCGAUCCUUUUGAAUGCAACAUGUGUGGCUACCACAGCCAGGACAGAUAUGAAUUCUCUUCUCACAUAACACGAGGGGAGCACCGUUUCCACAUGAGUUAAAACCCCUCCCACACAGAUGGGACCUUGUCAGCUGUACUACUGGAGCUGUAUGAACAACAAAAAACACCAGUCUAUUGGACAGUAAAAGCAUCCAGAAAUGAAAAUUAGAAGACCUGGCCCCAGGAGUUUUCUCCUCUUGGUAGCAUGUAUUGCAACUUAAUUUUAUAAAAUGCAUAUUGAUGUUUUUAUUGCAAAUAUUUGGAUCACCAAACCUUUAGUAAGUAGCAGCUUUUGUAGUCAGGUAGCUGAAUCCACUUCCUUCUAGCUAUUGCUUUCUGCAGACCUCUCUCUCCAACACAGUUAAGCAUGUGCAUAAUGCACAAAAACUUGGCUGGGGGCUAGAAAGGCCUUGUGCUAAUAUGCUGAGAAUAGGGCUCUUACACCAGACUUUUUUUUUACUUCCCAUUAUUACUUGGGUCAUUAGGAAGACUUAAUUAAAAUAAAGACAAAGCAGCCCAACCAAGACCCUUGAGUGGUGCCAUGGGGACCUGGAAUGGUGUUGCAAGCCUAGACCCUUGACAGGCACUAUUUUAGCAGUGAAGUAAAAUAACACAGUAGCACACACCAAGGUGUGGAUUUUCUUGCCUGCAUGGCAUACCUUAUUUCUAUUGUGAAGCAUAAGGCCAGUUGUUUGAAGGACAUGAGAAACACCCUUGUAAUAUAUACUCUGGAGUGGAAAUUGCAUUUAUUUGGAGAAAAGGGUUUUGUUGACUUUUUAAAAUAAAUAUUUUCCCUCCCUAUCCAAUAAAAACUAACUUUUUCCUUAAAAAUAUAAGGUUUAAAAAUCUUUCCGCAUAAGAAAAUAACCAUUUAUGUAGAAUUUUUUAAAAGGAGUUUUAAUUAUUUAGAAAAAUACAAUGUUCAGUAGGAGAGAGAAAAUGUUUGGAGAUUAUUUUUAUGCACGCUUCUUUCAUUUUGGGGGCAAAAUUUUUACAACUGGCUUCAAAAUUUCCACGUUCACCCAUUUUGCAUAUGAAAAUGCCCAUUCUGCUUGCACAGCAAGUACUCUGGCUAUUUUGCGGGCUGUGUCUGGAAAAUUUAGCCCGCAAUGAUUUUUUUUGACGCACUGAAAUGAAUUAAACAGCCAUUUAAAAAACUUAGUGCCUAUCCCCCUUUUCUCUAAAAUUAACCAUUCAUUAAGAGAUCCAUCCUGCAAGAUACUGAGCGCUCUGGCACCGAUCUAUCAAAGCACUUCAGCUUUUGCCUGAGUAGUCACAUGAACAUAAAUGGAACUAUUCUUAUGCUUAAAGAUAAUCCCAAAUUUAAGGGUUUUUUUUUUUUGCUGGAUUGAGUCCAGAGCAAGGAUCAAGCCCUAUGAAACCAAAAACAUCUAUUCUAUCUCCCCCGCCCCAUCCCCACAUUCAGCGUCCCCUUCUUGGCAAGAUCCUCCCAACUAGCUGUUUAAAUUCCAGUAAAAUGAAAAGACCUCUGAAGCACAAAGGCAGCUGAUAGUAAAAACUGCCAAUCUGUUUGUCUCUUCUUUAGUUCCUCUUCCAAAUAGCUCAUUCCUCUCUGCAGCCUGCUGGCUUUAAGACUGGGUAAUAGUGAUAUUUAUGCAACUUGGUUAAGAAUCGCCCUGCAGAGCUGGAAUAUUUCCACAACAGUACAGGUACUAAUAAUUGAUGAUUGAGUUGCCCAACCCAUUGAAUGUACAAACAUUUCCACUGUAUAAGAGAUUGGUACUACCCCAUAAACAAAAAACAUAUAUUGCAACAGGACCAUUUCUUAAGUUUUGUAAUACUGUUAUGUAUUUUAUAUAUAUAUAUAUAUAU